AUGCCGCGCGUGAAAAACUCCUGGCCCAAGAGCUGCUCCCGACCUCCAAGUGCAAAAAUAAAGUCGGAGGGGGUGGCAGGCGGCGGCGGGGAGGGGAGGGUGCGGAAGGAAGGUCGCCGCCCCGGCUCGCGGGCAGGCCCGCACCGCCUCUCCCACCCCGCCGGCCGGCCGGGGGCCGCGGACCUGCCCCGCCGCUCGUGCGCCCACCGCGCUGUGCUGGACACGCCGCAGCCACCCCGCGCCGCUCCCCUGCCGGAGUGGGAGCUGGUGGUGUUGGGGAAGUUGAAGUGGAACCUGGCAGCUGUCACUCCUCAUGACUUCAUCGAGCACAUCCUUCGCAAGCUGCCCCAGCCCAGCGAGAAGUUGUCUCUGAUCCGCAAGCAUGCGCAGACCUUCAUUGCUCUGUGUGCUACCGACUUCAAGUUCGCCAUGUACCCGCCAUCGAUGAUUGCAACUGGAAGUGUGGGAGCCGCCAUCUGUGGGCUCCAGCAGGAUGAGGACGUGAGCUCGCUCACUGGUGAUGCCCUGGUAGAUCUGCUGGCCAAGAUCACCAACACGGAUGUGGACUGCCUCAAAGCCUGCCAGGAGCAGAUUGAGGUGGUGCUGCUCAACAGCCUGCAGCAGUUCCGUCAGGACCAGGGGGAUGGGUCCAAGUCGGAGGAUGAACUGGACCAGGCCAGCACCCCUACAGACGUGCGGGAUAUUGACCUGUGAGGAUGCAGUCGGGCCGAAUGGGAGAGACGCGUUCACAUCUGCUCUCUCCU